AUGCGCUUUGCUCUGACCGUCCUGGCUCUGUGCCUGGCCCUCUCGACCGCGAGCGGCAGCCAGGUCAACCUGACUUACUUUGAAAUGUCCCCCCUCAGCGGUGUGCUGCCUGGCCAGUCCAUCCAGCUGUCAUGGACUUUCAACGGCCUGGCCAUCGAUGGCAGCAACGAUUGGAUCGGCCUCUACGGCAUCAACGACAUUCCCAGCGCUACCUCGCCUUCGUGGACCUGGGACUGGACUGGCACCAAGAGCGGCACCAAGACUCUGACUGUUCCGACCAAGUGUACUCCUGGCACCUACGUUGUCUACUACUUUGGCGACAGCGGCCGCACAAAUAUCCUGGCCAUGUCAUCGUACUUCCGCGUGCUCUCGGAUGCCAACCACAAGGUCACCAUCGGCAGCCAGUCCAACCAGAACAUCGUCGUCAACUGGCAGGUCCCCCAGGGCACCUCUGGCGCUGUCAACCUGUUCACUGUGGGCGGCUCCUCGCCUCUCAACUCCAACGUUGUCUGCCCCAUCAGCGGCACUGCCACCUCCGGCAGCUGUACCAUCCAGAUCCCGGCCUCCAACGCCGCCCUCUAUGAAUUCCGUCUGUUCUCCAACCAAAAGAACGGCCACAUGGCCACCAGCACCCCUGUUUCGCCCAGCGGCGACGGCGGGUCCGACAACCUGUCGUUCACCACUACCGGCGUCUCGGGCUCAGCCAUCACCUUCAGCUGGAGCAACCUUGCGGCCGAAUCGGAUGCUUGGAUCGGCAUCUAUCCCUAUUACAUCCCUGGCACCACUACGGAUCACUCGCCGCUGCUCAUUUGGGUGUUCACCGGCGGAGCCAGUUCUGGCUCCUAUACUCUGUCGCUUCCUGGUGCUCCUGGCUACUACAAGGCCAUCUACUACAAAUCGGGUGGAAACGGCGGUGUUAAUGCCUACUCGUACCCCAUCGCGACGACUGGUCUGAUCCGAGUCAGCCCCAUGUCUGUCCAGUGCGGCCUGAGCGCCGGCACCACCAACUCCAACAUCAAGAACAUCAUCACCAUCGUGAUGGAAAAUCAUUCCUUCGACUCGUACUUUGGCAACUACUGUCAAGCCCCGACCUUCUCCAAUCCCACGUGUGAAUACGGUCCUCAGUGCUGUGAGAAGCCCCCCCUGUCGGUCUUUGGCGUCCAGCCCACGGUCCUCAACGACGCCGCCAACACUGCCUUUGACCCGAACCAUGAACAUGCCUGCAUGCUCACCAAGAUCGACAGCGGCCGGAUGGACGGCUACGUCAAUGGCACCUCCUGCUCCGACAACCGCAACUUUGCUGUUGCCGACGUCAACACCGUCGCCGUCUACCACCAGUAUGCUGGCAAGUACGCCAUGGCUGACAACUACUUCCAUCCUGCUGCCGGCGCCAGUGCCCAGAACGACAUGUACUUGGCCCGCGGCACCCAUGUCUUUUACGACAACAGCGAGUCGCCUGCCUGUACGCACGGCACCCAAUGCGUGCUGGUUGGCCAGAAGGGCUACUGGAGACACGAGCCCACCAUCGGCCACCUUCUGAACAGCUGCGGCGUUAGCUGGGCCUUCUAUGCCGAGGCUUACGACUCCUCGUCCAUUGGUUGCUAUCCCUGGAAAUACGACGCAAGCGACAAUCCGUUCUCCUACUACUAUGGCAUCGGCGACUCGCCCAACAUGCAGGACUUUACCAAGUUCCAGGCUGCCCUGACCUCUGGCUCGCUGCCUUCGGUCAGCUACAUCAAGCCUCUGGGCACCCGCUGCGAACACCCCUCACUCUCCAAGAUCACGGACGGCACCGCCUUUGUCAAGUCUAUUGUUGACUCGGUUUUGGCAUCUCCCUAUGCCAACCAGACGCUGAUCCUGAUCCUGCCGGACGAGAGCGGUGGUUUCUACGACCACGUCCCUCCUCCGCCCACCUGGGACGGCUACGACUCGCACCCCAACGGCGCUCGCACCUGGUUCAUCGCCGCUGGCAACUUGGUCAAGUCCAACUACAUCUCGCACGUCCAGAUGGAGCACACAUCUAUCAUCAAGUUCAUCGAGCAUAACUGGCUUGGCGUCACCGGCCAGCUGGGAACCCGCGACCUGGUCGUCAACAACAUCGACUCGGUCCUGAGCCCGCUUGCCGGAUACAUUCCGUAAACCCAGCUCUUCUUUGCUAUUGCUGACUGG